AUGCCAAAUCUGGAACAACUUCAAGUCAAAGGCUGGGAUUCAUUGGAUGCUAUAUUCCAGCUUGAACAAAACCAGCAUUCCAAGGCUAGUGCAAACUGUAUAGUAAAACUGGUGCCCAUGUUGACAAGUCCAGUGGAAAUCACCGGCUUCAACAACCUCACGCUGCUAAGUUUAGAAGCUUGUCAGAAUUUAAGAUAUCUGUUCUCUCAUUCCAUAGCCAGGCUUCUUGUGAAAUUGCAAGAUGUGAAGAUAUCAAACUGUAGGAUGGUGGAGCAACUAGUCAAAAGCGAAGAUGGUUCAGUUGUAUUGUCUUCUGCAAACUCUCUUGAAGUUUUUGAGAAUGCAUUACCAGAUCAUGCAACAUCCAUCUCCAAAGAUUCAUUUGUGUUAGAGUUUCCAUCCCUGAAGAGCAUCAACAUUAUUAACUGCAGCGUGCUAGAAGUUAUCAUCAAGAAUGGAGAGUGGACAACAGACCUGACUUCAUUUGAUCAAGUACAGUCUCUUACUUUAAGCCAUCUGCCAAAUCUUGUGAGCUUCUGCUACCAACCUUGUAUUCCUGAGCAGCCAUCUUUAAAGAAACACAGAGGCAACGGCCAUCAUCAACAAGAUCAGGUUGCUAAUGAUGAACAGAGAAUGAUAAGGAAUGCUCCUUCUCUAGGCUGCUUUUGGUUUUCACAUCUAACUUACCUAGGGAUAAAGGAAUGCAAAAAAAUUAGCUGUUUGUUCUCUGCAUCAUCCUCAGCAAGUCUUCUGCAUCUGCAGGAGCUAGAGAUAUGUGAUUGUGAGAACGUAAAGGAAAUAGUAUCAAAAGAAGAAAUUCGUACAAACUUUUUCAGGAUUGUGUUCCCUAGAUUGAAGCGUCUGAAACUUGAACGCCUGUCCAAACUUGAAGCCUUCUGCCAUGGUUCCUAUGACUUGGAUUUCCCGUUACUGCAAGAAGUGUGUUUUGGAAAUUGCCAUAGGAUGGAGGUAUUCUCAUAUGGAUUUCCAAACACUCCAAAGCUAAAAGGUAUUACCAUGAAAGUUGGAAACCUUACCAAAGUCGUAUGGAUGGGAGAUCUGAACACCACUGCUCAACUUUCCAAAGGAAUUGAAGCAACAGGGGAGCAAUUCUUAUGGGGUUAUGGCUACUCAGAGUUAGCUUUUCAAACAUCAGAGAAUCUUGGCUGGCUCAAGGAGGAACAAGGCAUGCUUAGCUACUUUAUGAAAGAAACAGAGAUGACUAUUGAAAAAUUUCAAAGUUUACUGACUCUAGUCCCAUCCAAUGUGAUACACCUGUUUCAGAAUCUGAAGAACCUCACAGUAAAAGACUGUGGUUCACUGAUUGAAGUGUUUGAAUCAGAAGGAAUAAACAGAAAGAAGAGGCAUAGCAUGAUACACUAUGAGCUAGAAGUCAUGAACUUGCAUUUUCUGCCUAAGCUGAUUCGCAUAUGGAAAAAUCAUGAAGAGAUUUUGGACUUCCAGAAGCUGAGAAUAUUGAAGGUUGAAUACUGUGGCAAUUUGAAGGGUAUACUGUCACCUUCUAUGGCCAAAAGUCUUGUCCAACUACAACACCUUCGUGUACACGGUUGUCAAAUGAUGGAGGAGAUAGUAAUGAAGGAAGCUGAAGAAGAAUCUGAAGGAGCAAAUAGAGCUGAGAUAUUGUUUCCGUUGCUGAACAGGUUGGAGCUUCGUCAUCUUCCCAGUCUCAAAUGUUUUUGCCCAGAAAGUGUAGAUUUUGAACUUCCCUUCUGCGAAGAAAUGGUAAUUGAAAAAUGCCCAAAGAUGACGACCUUUUCCUAUGGAGCAGUAAGUAUACCAAAGCUUUCUAAAAUAUACAAAGGAUCCUUUGAGUAUGUAGACAUCAUGGGAGACCUUAAUAUGACAAUCUACCAAGCUCAUUCAGGAGAUUUGAAGGCAGCAUUUCAAAGAUCAAAGACAAUCAAUUGGAUUGAGCAAGAUAAAAUCCUCCUGGGCUACAUAACAAGAGUAACAGAACUGGUUGUUGAAGGUUGCGAGAAGCUGUUGAACUGUGUUCCAUCCAACAUGCUGCAUAGACUGCAACAUUUGAAACAGAUCAAGGUCCGAGAAUGUUGCUCACUGGUGGAGAUAUUUGAAUCAGAAGGAGUACAAGCAAAUGAAGAAAAAGAGCAUGCUAAUGCUAUGGCAUUGUAUGAAUAUAAUCUACAAGAAAUGCAUUUGUGCUCUCUACCCAAACUAAUGCACAUAUGCAAAAACCACGGUGAAGUAGUCUUAGGUUUUCAUAAUCUUAGAAAGCUAAACAUCGGGUGUUGUGAUGGUCUAAGAAGUGUGUUCCCUCCUUCCAUAGCCAGGACCCUUGUGCAACUGCAAGAGCUAUCAGUUUAUGAAUGUGAGAUGAUAGAGGAGAUAGUCACAACAGAGGAGGGAGGAGAGUCCAACAAGGCCGAGAAGAUUGUAUUCCCAGAACUGAAGUGGCUGACGCUUUUUCAUCUUCCCAACCUUAAAUGUUUCUGCUCGAGUAAUUACCAGUUUGAGAUGCCGUCUUGCCGGGAAAUAACUAUUAGGGAUUGCUCAAAAAUGGAGAGUUGUUGUUAUGCAACCAUGAGGGCUCCGUGA